AUGACGAUGGAGUCUCAAAGUGUGAUGUCCUGUCCCCAGGACACAGUGACUUUCCCUGAUGUGGUCAUAAGGUUUUCGCCCAAGGAGUGGCCAUUUCUGGACGCCUCUCAGAGGAAGCUCUAUAGGGACGUGAUGCUGGAGACCUACGAGCAUCUACGGACCUUGGGGCAUUGCAAGGUGAAACCUUUGCUGAUCUCCUGGUUGGAGGAUGGAAUCCUGGAGAGGCUGCCAAGAGGUCAGAGGUCAAAUCUCGCCAAACACCAGAGGACACACACAGGAGAGAAGCCCCAUGUUUGUAGGGAAUGUGGGCGAGGCUUUAGUCUGAGCUCAGGUCUCAUCACACACCAGAGGACACACACAGGAGAGAAGCCCCAUGUUUGUGGGGAGUGUGGGCGAGGCUUUAGUCACAAGUCAAAUCUUGCCAAACACCAGAGGACACACACAGGAGAGAAGCCCCAUGUUUGUAGGGAAUGUGGACGAGGCUUUAGUCAGAGGUCAAAUCUCAUCGCACACCAGAGUACACAUACAGGAGAGAUGCCCCAUGUUUGUAAGGAAUGUGGGCGAGGAUUUACUCAGAGGUCAAGUCUCAUCACACACCAGAGGACACACACAGGAGAGAAGCCCCAUAUUUGUAGGGAAUGUGGGCGAGGCUAUAGUCAGAUCUUAAGUCUUAUCAAAAACCAUAGGACACAUACAGGGGAGAAGCCCCAUGUUUGUAGGGAAUGUGGGCGAGGCUUUAAUCGUAGGUCACAUCUUAUCACACACCAAAGGAUACACAUAGGAGAGAAGCCCCAUGUUUUUCGGGAGUGUGGGCGAGGUUUCAGAGAUAUGUCAGGUCUCAUCAGACACCAAAGGAUACACACAGGAGAGAAGCCCCAUGUUUGUGGGGAGUGUGGCUGAGGCUUCAGUCAGAGGUCAAGUCUCAUCAAACACCAGAGGACACAUUCAGGGGAGGACACAGAGGAGAGAAGCCCCAUGUUUGUGGGGAGUUUGGGCGAGGCUUCACAGAUAGUCCCUUUGCUGUUGGUUCCAAAACUGAACUUCGACUUUCAGAAAACGAAGAUAGACGUUUCAGAUCCCCCCUUCUUCCUGCAUCACUAUUUCCUACGACUCGGGGACAGCAAAGUCGAUUGA